UAUGAUCAGUGUUUGAGUGCCAAGACUUGUGGGGAAUGCAUAUCGGAGUCAAAGGAUUGUUUUUGGUGCGAAGACGACACCUUUAGCCACCCAUUCAGAUGUAAUGGCGAACAUAAGCUCCGGUCUCAUGACUGCAGCGAAAAUAAGAUCAUUGGACCGCAAAUGAAUGUCCAGACAAUACUGGAUAAAGAGUUUAAUAAAAAUUUUGGUUCAAUAGUUCAACUGAAGCCUCAGAAACAUAAGCUCUUUAUGAGAAAUAAUUCCUCGUGGAGAAUACCGAUCCAUUUCCGACAGGCAGAUGACUACCCCAUGGAUCUCUACUAUCUGAUGGACCUGUCGUGCACUAUGAAGAAGUUUAAGACCAAUUUGGCGAAUGUUGGCAAGACUUUGGCCGACAAAAUGAAUCAAACCACUAAAGACUUUAAAAUAGGCUUUGGAUCAUUUGUAGACAAACCUGUUAUGCCCUUCUCGUCCUACAAACUGGAUCGCAUAUCAUGCAGUUUGGGAAAGGAUGACCAUAACGUCUGGGGGGAACCGACUUAUAGUUUCUCCCAUAAGCUGACCCUCGACUCGAAAGACUCGCUGUUUGUGUCGAGUGUGAGGGACGCGGCGACGUCCGGUAAUACGGAUUCACCCGAAGGCACGUUAGACGCACUCAUGCAGGUGUUGGUCUGUAAGGAGGAGAUUGGGUGGAGGAAUCAGUCCGACAAGAUUAUUGUGGUCGCCACCGAUGAGGAGUUCCAUUACGCCGGAGAUGGAAAGUUGAGCGGUAUAUUAGUGCCAAACGAUGGCAAGUGUCAUAUGUCUGGCAAGAACUACACUCAUUACCAUUUGCUGGACUACCCGUCAAUGCAUCAAAUCGCUGAGAAAGUGCGACAAAACAAAUUCAAUAUUGUAUUUACGGUCACCGAUAAAGUGCGGCACAUAUACGAAACGCUGGCCAGCAUUAUAGGGUCGACGGCACGGGUGGAUAGGCUUAACGAUGGAGACAGCACCACUAUUGUGCGACUCAUUGAAGAUGUUUACAGAGAUAUUCGGUCGUCGGUUGAACUGAGAGUCGAACGGAUGUCUGAUUUCAUCGAAAUUGAUUUGUACUCAAAGUGUGCAAAUGAGACCGAAAUGAAGACCAAUAAUUGUACGUUUACGGGACGGCCGGACAUCACAUUCUUCGCAGACAUCAGAGUGAAGUCAUGUCCUGCAGACAGAUCUCUUUGGGAGCAGACGAUUAAAAUCGGCUUAACGAAUAUCAACGAAGGCGUGGAAAUCGAUUUACAAAUGCUAUGUGAAUGCGAGUGCGAAAAACCCAACAAAAUAGUGAAAAACUCUGCCGAGUGCCACAACGCCGGCACCUUUGCCUGUGGUAUAUGUGCCGCUUGUAAUGGCAACCGGACGGGCGCGCAGUGCGAAUGCGAUCCCGAAAAACCUAUUGAUCCUAAAGACCCUGAAGCUCAUUGCAAACAUAAGGACAUAUUCAAGACAUGUAGUGGUCGUGGGAGGUGUGAGUGUGGAAAGUGUAGCUGCGAUUCCGGCUUUUCCGGCGACUACUGUCAGUACGACGACUCCAACUGUCAUCCCGACAACGAUAAGAACCUUAAGAUAUGCAACGGGAACGGCAGGUGUAUUGAAGCCAAGUGUAACUGUACUAAAGGUACGAAAGGUUAUACAGGAAAAUACUGCGACUGUCCCACAGACCCGAGUUGGUGUAGUCAAACAGUUAAUCAAACAGUUAAUGGACAGCAAAAGGAAAUUAAUUUAGUUUGUUCAGGUGCUGGUGAGUGUAAUUGUGGUGUCUGUAAGUGCAACAAUAGUUCAAUAACCGGCAAAUUCUGUGAGAUAUGUCCGCGUUGUGAUAGUUGGAAAUAUUGUGACCUAAUGUUGAAAUGUGUGCCCAAAAUAUGCGAACUCUAUGGAAGUAAUUGCACCGAUAGUUGCGAUCAGAUGCAGUAUGAAUUGGUGGACAAAUUGGUCGAGGUCAACAACACCGACGGCUUAUACACAACUCUACACCAGUGCCGCAACCGUACCAUUAAUAACGAGUGCGACCUAUCAUUCACUUACGAGCGCACUGACUAUGACUAUGAGACCAAAAGGCUUCCGACGUUUAAGAUAACAAAAUUAGAUAAGAGUUGCGCCGAAAAAGUGAAUUUAGUGGUCGUGUCGUCCAGUGUUUUCAUCNGUAUGAAACGACUGUCCCGUCUGACUGAGAGGUUUUCGCGGAGGUUUGACGUCAAUAAAUAA